GCGACAAAAUGGCGUGUUCCGUCGAUUUCUCUUUGCGGGCGUGCAUCUCGAUCAGAUCCUAGCUAGCUAGCUAGCCAAUGUCGUUAGCUAUGUCUCACACCGGCAUGGACACGCACGGCGGCGGCGCCGGCCCCGACAGCGGGACGGCCACGGCCGGGAGGUCGCCGUCGUCGUCGGCGGAGAAGACGGCCAGGGAGAAGAGCGGCACGCUGUGGACGGUGACGGCGCACAUCGUCGCCCUCCUGGUCGGCUCCAGUGUCCUGGCGGUGGUGUGGACCUUCGCCCAGCUCGGGUGGGUCGCCGGCCCCGCCGUCGUCGUGGCCAUCUCCGUAGUCACCUACUACUCCUCCGCGCUCCUCGCCGACUGCUACCGUGACCCUGAUCAUCUCGGUGGCGCCGUCCAUGGCGAGUACAUCGACGCUGUCCGCUCCUACCUUGGCCCAAAGAGCGUGGCAUUCUGCGGCAUCAUCCAGUAUAGUGUUCUCUGGGCUGCGAUGGUUGGCUACACCAUCACGUCGAGCGCAAGCAUGUGCGCGGUGCAAAGUGUGAACCGCUUCCACCGCAAAUGGGUGGGCAACGACGUCGGCGGCGGCACCUCCGGCGUCACGUACACGGUGGUGUUCGGGGCGUUCCAGCUGCUCCUCUCGCAGCUUCCUAGCCUCGAGAAUGUAGCGUGGCUCUCCGUCAUCGCCGUCGCGACGUCGUUCGGGUACUCCUCCAUCUGCCUCGGCCUCUGCGCUGCCAGGUGGGCGUCCCACGGCGACGUCCGUGGCACGCUCGCCGGCGCCGGCGCAGCCGUCGAAGACUCGUGGAGCGAGAAGGUCUUCAAUGUCCUCCUCGCCGUAGGGAACAUUGCUAUCUCCUACAUCUACGCUCCCGUGCUCUUCGAAAUCCAGGACACGCUGAAAACGCCGCCGUCGGAGAGCAGCACGAUGAAGAAGGCGUCGCUGUACGGCCUCGCCAUGAGCGCCGUUUUCUACCUCCUGCUCGGGAUAUCCGGCUACGCCGCCUUCGGUGACGACGCGCCCACCAACAUCCUCACCGGCGCAGCCUUCCACGAGCCCUUCUGGCUCGUCGACAUCGCCAACGUCUGCGUCGUCGUCCAUUUCCUGGGAGCCUACCAGGUCAUCGCGCAGCCUGUGUUCGCGAGGCUGGAGGCGUGCGUCGGCGGCCGGUGGCCGGAGUCCAAAUUCGUCACGGCCAGUUACGAGCUCCGCCUCCUCCGCCGCGCGCCAGUGGCGCCGGCCGCCGUAAUAACCAUGUCGCCCGUAAAGAUCGUGCUGCGGGCGGCGGUGAUCGUGGCGACGACGCUGGUGGCGGCCCUGAUGCCGUUCUUCAACGCCGUGCUGAGCUUCAUCGCGGCGCUGGGGUUCUGGCCGCUCGCCGUCUACCUCCCGGUGCGCAUGCACAUCGCGAGGGUCAAGGUCCGGAGGGGCGACGCGCGGUGGUGGGCGCUGCAGGGCGCGAGCAUGGCGCUGCUGGUCGUCGCCGUCGGCAUGGGCGUCGCGUCCGUGCGCGACAUGGCGCGGAGGCUGAAGGAAGCUGCUCCAUUCAAGACCGUGGACUAAAUUCAUUACUGGAAGUGAGCUCGAAAUAAACUUGAAAUGACUCUCACAGUCGUGUUGUACAGUGAUCCAGGUUAACCGUUGGAUCUUCUCACCCGACAGAAGGACCAGUUUUAUUUUCUUUUAUGAGUAUCUUUCCGGUGCAAGGAUCACGAGUGUAAGGAUAUGGACCAUUGAUUUAGAAUUCCAUCACCAGUAAAAAGGAAUAGGUGUUCUACGGUACUCCACUGAUAGUAUGACUAAUAUAUAUAUAUAUUGUUUAUAUCUUUCUAAUUCAAUAUAUAGA